UGCGGAUGUCUACGUCAAAAGUGGGGAGGGACUUUGUGUGUGAAUCUGGCAACCCUGGACGACCCAGCCGGUGGAAGCUUGUGUUUCCCUCUCACCUAGCAAAACGUCCGCAGUAGGCAGCCGGUUUGCAACAUGUCGAAAGUCGCGGAUACUAAGCUGUACGACAUUCUCGGAGUCUCCCCAUCGGCCAAUGAAAAUGAACUUAAAAAGGCGUACCGCAAAUUGGCGAAGGAGUAUCAUCCUGACAAGAACCCUGAUGCUGGAGACAAGUUUAAAGAGAUCAGUUUUGCAUAUGAAGUACUGACAAACCCGGAGAAAAAGGAGCUGUAUGACCGCUAUGGAGAACAGGGACUUCGGGAGGGCGGAGGAGGUGGGCCCGGAAUGGACGAUAUCUUCUCUCACAUCUUCGGUGGGGGACUUUUUGGGUUCAUGGGAGGCCAGGGCAGAGGUCGUAAUGGAGGAAGGAGGAGAGGCGAAGACAUGGUACACCCCUUGAAAGUUUCUCUUGAAGACCUCUACAAUGGUAAAACUACCAAACUGCAGCUAAGCAAGAAUGUGCUAUGUGGUACCUGCAAUGGUCAGGGGGGUAAAGCGGGUGCAGUGCAAAAGUGUGUGGCAUGCAGAGGAGUAGGCAUGAGAGUCGUGAUCAGACAGCUGGCCCCUGGUAUGGUCCAACAGGUGCAGUCAGUCUGCACAGACUGCAAAGGAGAGGGUGAAGUCAUCAAUGAGAAGGACCGCUGUAAAAAGUGUGAAGGUCAUAAGGUGUGUAAGGAAACAAAGCUCCUGGAGGUGCAUGUGGAUAAAGGCAUGAAACACGGACAAAAGAUCACAUUCUCUGGGGAAGCUGACCAAGCACCAGGCGUUGAACCAGGAGACAUCGUUCUGGUCCUACAGGAGAAAGAACACGAGGAAUUCCGUCGGGAAGGCAGUGACCUUCACAUGGUGCAACGCAUUGGCCUUGUUGAAGCUCUGUGUGGCUUCCAAAUGACUGUCACACACCUGGAUGGACGUCAGUUGCUUGUCAAAUACCCACCUGGCAAGGUCAUAGAACCAGGCUCUAUUCGGAUGGUGAAGGGUGAGGGGAUGCCACAGUACAGAAACCCGUUUGAGAAGGGCGAUCUUUACAUCAAGUUUGACGUGCAGUUCCCGGAGAACAACUGGAUCAACCCUGAAAAGCUGAACGAGCUCGAGUGCCUGCUGCCAAGCCGUGCAGACGAACCCGUCAUUUCCGCUGAUGCAGAGGAAGUUGACUUGACAGAUUUUGACAGGAGUCAAGGGACGGCUGGGGGCUCCAGGAGAGAGGCCUACCAUGAUAGUUCUGAUGAGGAGGGUGGCCAUCAUGGCCCAGGGGUGCAGUGCGCACACCAGUAGAAAGACUUUAAGCAUGUUUACAUGCACAUCCCUUGAGUCCCACUGCUAACACCAUUCAAGACUUGACGCACAUACAUGCACAUUACCUUCCUUUCACAGUUCCCGUGAAAGACAGAUACACUCAUACAUUGACAUAUACACGCACCCUCCUCAGAUCUAUGGUGCCCAUAAGACAUGCUGGAGUUGUGAUGAUUAUUUUAUGUUUCUAGACAGUAGUGCUCGACAAAGUCUCAGGCCAAAACAUGACUCGGACCUCCAUGGUUUGUGUAAGACAAAAGCAAGUAUUGUUGACUCAUGUCCAAGGUGUAAUGUACUCUAUCACACAUAAGUGCAUGCUGCUUACCCGCUGACAAUGUUGCACAUGUAGAACAGAGCCCAGACACCCAAUGUGUUCUGACACCAUAUGGAUAACGUCAGCCCCGAAGAUUCCACACAGCCUGCUUGGACAUUUGUCUCUUUCUUGAACCAUGUUUUCAAAACGGGACUCGCUUGUGCUGCCCAGUAUCCUGCUGUCACAUUGCUAGAAAAUAUCCUGAGUUGUAGUACCUAUCAGGAACCAUGUCUUGUUUGGAGUUUUGUUUUUAUGUUAAAAAGUGUGUUUUGAGACCA